AUGCCGCCUUUCUUACCUGGAAAACCUAAUCCGUUGGCAGCUGUCAGCACUUCCUCAGAUCAUCCGAAAACAGUUAAGAAAAACAGCAAAGUCAACUCGCAAAAACCAACCCUUUUUGAUGACCUCGACGCGGGGAUUCGUAAGAAAAAUACACCCGAUUCAAAAAAUGCUCAGAAAGCACUAGUAGAGCGUCUCGCUGCCAGUGAUGACGAUGAAAGCUCUCUCACAUCUCUUUCUGACGAUUCCGAUAAAGUCUCUAUUUGUUUAGCAGAGCAAAGUCAGGUUGGUUCAGACGCUGAUGAUGAAGAUGAAGAUAUCGAGUUCGAGGAAGUAGAAACAUCGGCUGCAACUAAGCCUUCCUAUCUCAUUCCUACCGGUGAUCUUGAAUUAACCCUAACCAAAGACACUCGGAUCUCCAUAACAAACCCUAUGGGCAACAAAAAAGCGCCAAGCAAGAUUGAGAGAAUGAUUCGUAUAUCAACCCAUAAAUGCCAUGUUCAAACUUUGAUGUGGAAUAAUGCUAUUCGCAAUAGCUGGUUAUGUGACAACGAAGUUCAAAACAUACUAUUGGGACAACUUCCCCCAGCAGUACUAAAUCAGAUUAAGAUUUGGAGGGAAAAUUCUGAAACAACAAGCCAGGCCCACUCCUCUAGCUUGAAAAAGAACGAAAUGAAGCCCUCGCGCAAGAGAACAUCUAAAAGCAGAGCAAAAGAAACGCUAGUACAGUCUCCGGAAAAUUUUGCCAAGGAUAACACCAAUCUUAGUCCUGAAGAUCCAUUGCCUCGACUUCUCAAGGUUUUGGUUAAGUAUUGGCAGCACUACUUCAGGAUAUCAUCUCCAGGGCUCAGAAAGGUUGGUUAUAAGUCUCUGCAGCGCUUAGACGAAGAAUUAAAAAGCUUUGCUGACACUAUUGAUCACGAACUACACGGAGAACGAUUUCAGGAUAUCAAUGAAUACAAAGAACGGGCCAAAAAGCUGGAGGGCAGCCGUGAUUUUGGUGCACAACUGUUUACUGCCUUACUUAGAGCUAUUGGCUUAGAAGUGAGGAUGGUUUCAAGCUUACAACCACUCGGAUUUGGGUGGAGCCACAACGAAGAAGCUUCUGAGAAUAAUCCGUGUGCUAUAAAAGAAAAAAGAAGAGAACCAUCAGAGAAAUUAGGUCCCGAUUUAAGUUCGAGUAGUUCCUCAAACAGCCAGGUCGUGAAUGAGACUAAAAAUAAGCGUGGAGAAAAAAAACCUGACCCCCAUGCAAUAAAAAAAAAUGCAAAAUUACUGAAACGGAGCUCAAAGCGAAAGUCCGAUAAAAAGAAUCCAAAAGAUGAUUCAGAUCUAGAUCUAUCCGAUUCAUCUUUCAUUGUUGAAUCAGAUGAUGUCGCACCAGAAAAUAAGAUGAUUCAACACUCGCUACCCUAUGACAAAGAUCUUAAGUACCCUAACUACUGGAGCGAAGUCUUAUCUCCUGUAACAAAAACAUAUAUUGCAGUUGAUGCUAUUGUUAAUCAAGUAGUUGCAACAAAUCGAGAACUCCUAGAGAAAUUCGAACCUCGAGGGGCCGGUUCAGAAAAGGCUAAGCAAGUAAUUGCUUAUGUUAUAGGUCACUCGUCUGAUGGUAGCGCAAAAGAUUUGACAACACGGUAUCUCAAAGGGAAAAUGUGGCCUGGAAGAACUAAAGGCUACCGCUAUCCAGUGGAAAAAAUAGCGGUCCGUGAUGAUCGUGGCAAACUCGAACGGUACGAUCACAAAGAUUGGUUCAGAUCUGUUAUGUUGCUCUAUGAGCGAGGCGGCAAGAAUUAUCCUCGUACAGAGAUCGAUGACCAUGAAGAUGCAAAUGAUCUGAGUCCAGCGAAGCGGGAAAAGAAGGAAGUUGAGGAAGGUAAAGAGACAUUACAAUAUUACAAAACAUCAUCUAAGUUUGUGCUUGAGAGACACUUAAAAAGAGAGGAAGCAUUAGCAAGGGGUGCAAAACAUGUCAAGAUUUUUACUGCCGGAAAAAAUGAAAAAAUGGUAAAAGAAAAAGUAUUUUUGAGGAAAGAUGUAGUCAUAUGCAAGAGUACUGAAACAUGGCAUAAAGAGGGACGUGUUCCUAGGGCUGAUGAGAAACCAAUGAAGAGCGUACCAUAUCGGGCUGCGACGACAAACCGUAAGCGAGAGCUAGCUCAAGCAGAACAAGCAAGUGGAGAGAAAGUACUUCAGGGUCUCUACUGUCACUCUCAAACCGAUUGGAUAAUUCCUCCUCCUGUCGAGAAUGGAGUAGUUCCAAAAAAUUCUUAUGGAAAUAUUGAUCUUUUUGUCGAGAGCAUGCUCCCCAAAGGCUCUGUUCAUAUUCCUUUACGAGGAAUUCCAAGAAUUUGUAAGCGUCUUGAGAUUGAUUACGCUGAAGCCGUAACUGGUUUUGAAUUCGGCCACAGGAUGGCUGUACCUGUUAUCACUGGUGUAGUAGUUCCCAAAAAUUUCCACGAUAAGAUCAUGGAGGAGUGGCACAAAUUUGAAGCGGAAAAGGUUCGAAAAGAUGACGAAAAACGUAGACAAGCUACGCUUCAUACAUGGAGAAAAAUGCUCAUUGGCUUAAGGGUAAUUCAGAGAUUCAAGAAAGAAUAUGGUGGCUUUGAUAAUGAUUCCGAUAUUCUAAAUCCAUUUACUAAUCAAAAAAAUAGUAUUAAUAUGAAUAAUGAUACAGGAGCCAAUGUAGAACAGAUAUGUCAGCAGGAAGAAAGUUCUGCUGGCGGGUUUCUAAUUGAAGAGACUUGUUCAGAGCAAACGAAGACGCACAGUCGUGUUGGACACUUUCCAGUAAUUUGUGAAGAUGAAGUCCAAGCCAACAACAAGAGCGAGCAUUUCUUUUUAGAUGAUCACACCGAAAACUUAUCUUCCUUGAAUUCAAAAACUUCCCUCAAACACUCUCUAGGCAAAAAUUUACCAAAUCAUUCAGAUAUGUUCAAUAUUCAAAAUCAGGAAGAUAACAAGACAGAAUCUGCUCACACUAUAGAUUAUUCAUUAAUACCUCAGAAAAGCAAAAAGAAUUCCGGAAAAAAAAGACGAAUCUCGGAUCUGAAGGAUAGCUCAGCAGACGAAGAUUCCUUAGUGGCGAGUACCUCUAAAGGAGAUAAUUAUUGCCCUUCCUCUAAAAAGCCAAAAAUUAUGAAAGAGAAGGGUAAAAAUCUUCCAGCCCAGAGGAAGAUGCCCGCAAGAAAAGCCGCCCAAAAAACAAAGACAGCUCUCAAGUCGCAUUAUUUCGAGGAAAGCGCAAACAAUAAUGAUUGA